AUGCGAGACACAAAUAAGCCCAUUCCAGGCCUCGAUGAGGCAAAGGUGAAGGACGGCAGAUUCGAGACAGUACACGCCGAUUUGCAAAUCCCCGACACUGUCCGCGAUGCUGUAUCUAGCACUCAAGCAACCCGUGCUUUUAUCUACAUCGCUCACCGCUCACCCGACAACAUGAGGUCUACCAUUCAGGCACUCAAGUCUGCCGGUAUCGAACUGGUGGUAUUUCUCAGCAGCUUCACCAUCCAAGUUGAACCAGAGGAUGUGAAGCCCAGUGAGGUGAUACCCUACUUCCACGCUCAAGUCGAGAUGAAUUUGAAAGAAGCAUUUGGUGCUGGCGGAUACAUCGCGGCCAGACCAGGUUCAUUUGCCAGCAACACACUUCAGUAUAAAGCAGGACUCGAGAGUGGGUUGGUGAAGAUCUUCGCACCCAAUUCGACAGUUGAUUGUAUUGCUCCAGAGGACAUUGGGAGAGCCUGUGGCAAGGCUCUUGUGGAAGGUCCACAGGACGAAAACACGGCCAUGUAUCUGUACGGACCACAAUUGAUUUCCCAGGCAGACUGCGUCAAGACACUGGCAAAAGUCCUGGGCAAGAAUCCUACCAUUGAACCGAUGGAAAGAGAGGAAGCAUACAAGAGCUUUACAGAAGAACGACGUUGGCCUGCUCCUCUCGCGGAAUACAUGAUCAGACAAUUGGAAGCUACAGACUCUGCACGCAGUCUUACUUGUGGCUAUUCAGUUGACGCUGAGCAGCUGUCGAAUGUUGAGAAAUACACUGGUAAGAAAGGAAUCACGUUCGAGGAAUGGGCAGAACAGAACAAGCAGAUGUUUAUCUCUUGA